GAACCUACUGUAGCGGUAGAUUAAUAUGUGGACAUAUAUCAGCCAUCAUCUCAGCAAUAUUAAAAGAUGAUAUGUUUGAGCUGAAAUUUCAACAAAUCUCAAGUAAACUGAUCAAAUGUGAGCCUGGAUCUGCUACCUUAAUCUGUGAGUAUCCUCUGCUCCCAGACCCAUAUGAAUCUAAGCUUGUUUUUGUCUCACCAUCUAAGAUACCCGGCCUGGGUGAAGGAUUGUUUGUACGGGGUUGUGUACCAGCAAACACAAUGCUGGCCUUCUACAAUGGAACAGUCAUCUCAUCAAAAGAUCUGAACAGGGAUGAAAACUGGGAAAAUGAUGCUUAUAAAAUAUUGAGUCUGGUUUCUCCAGAUGAAGAAGGAUUCGAGCGAAUUAUAGAUAUUCCAGCGUGCUGGCGAGAAACCAGCCAAUAUGUUGCUACUUUAGCCCACAAGGUUAAUCACAGUUUUACUCCCAACGCAAAGUACACCCUUUUCUACCAUCCAAGGUAAAGAACAUUUAAUUACAACUAACG